UCAGUGUCUAGUUUCAUGGGUUUGUCGCUUUGUUUUGUGGGGCUAUCCCAUAAAAGGGAAGAUGAUUCCCUUUUGAAUUCUGGUGUUUCUAAAGGUGAAAUUGCAUCAACAUAUGAAAAUGCAAGCUUCUUUAGUUUGCUCACAUUUUCUUGGAUGAGUUCUUUGAUUGCAAAAGGCAAUAAAAAACCAUUAGACCUUAAGGACAUCCCACAACUGGGAAAAACCGAUAGUGUGAGAGAAGUUUUUCCUGUUUUGUUAAACAAAGUAGAUACUUUAUGCAAUGGGAAUAGACAUAUCACUGCAUUUGGUUUUGCCAAAGCUUUGUUGUACACUGUGUGGAAAGAAGUCCUGAUCACAGGAUUGCUUGCGUUAGCAUCUUCGUUGUCUAGUUUUGUUGGUCCUUACCUCAUCGACACAUUUGUACAAUACCUAAAUGCACAACGAGAUCACAAAAACCAAGGUUCUGUUUUGGUGGCUGCAUUUCUCGUUUCCAAGAUUAUCGAGUGUUUCGCACAUCGACAUUGGUGCUUUAAGCUCCAACAAGUUGGAAUUAAAACCAGGUCUACCAUAGUUGCCAUUAUUUACCAAAAAGGGUUGACCAUCUUCGGUGAGGCAAAGCAAGGGAGCUCAAGUGGUGAAAUCAUCAACUUUAUGGCUGUUGAUGCAGAAAGAAUAGGUGAUUAUGCUUGGUAUAUGCAUGAUUUUUGGCUAGCUUUUGUGCAAGUAGGCAUCGCGUUAGUGCUUCUAUAUAAAAACCUAGGACUAGCGUUCAUUGCUUCGCUAAUCACUACAAUUCUUGUGUUGCUAGUCAAUCUUCCACUUGGAAAUAUCCUAGAGAAAUUACAAGAAGACUUGAUGAAAUCCAAAGACAAAAGGAUGAAAGCAACAUCUGAAAUCUUGAGAAACAUGAGGAUUCUUAAACUUCAAGGUUGGGAAAUGAAGUUCUUGUCAAAAAUCGUCAAACUUAGGCACGAAGAAGAAGGUGCAUUGAAGAAGUACAUGUAUACUUCAUCUAUGACUUCUUUUAUUUCCUGGGGUGCUCCAAUUGUUGUUGCUGUGGUCACUUUUGCUACAUGUUUACUUGCUGGCAUUCCUCUUGAAUCAGGGAAAGUACUUUCUGCACUUGCAACUUUUAAGAUACUUCAAGAGCCAAUUUACAAGCUUCCGGACUCAGUAUCGGCGUUUUUCCAAACUAAGGUUGCACUCAAACGAAUUGCCACAUAUCUUCAGUUGAAGGACAUUGAUCCUAGUGCUAUUAAUAAAGUAACACAUGGCCAUACUGAAACUGCUGUUGAGAUCAUAAAUGGUAAUUUUUCGUGGGAUUUAGAUGCUUCCUCCUACCCUACCCUGAAAGAUAUAAACAUCAGAGUGAAUCAUGGGAUGCGAGUUGCAGUUUGUGGGAGCGUUGGAUCAGGGAAGUCGAGCUUAUUGUCUUGUAUAUUAGGCGAGAUGUCAAAGAUGUCUGGACAUGUGAAAGUUGAAGGAUCAAAGGCAUAUGUAGCUCAAUCUCCAUGGAUACAAAGUGGAAAGGUUGAAGAUAAUAUCUUGUUUGGUAGGGAAAUGGAUAGAAAAAGGUAUGAAAAGGUUUUAGAAGCAUGUUCUUUAAAUAAAGAUCUCGAAAAUCUUUCAUUUGGUGAUCAAACUGUUAUCGGCGAGCGGGGGAUUAAUUUGAGCGGGGGUCAGAAGCAGAGAAUACAGAUUGCUCGGGCACUUUAUCAAGAUGCUGAUAUUUAUCUUUUUGAUGAUCCAUUUAGUGCUGUUGAUGCUCAUACAGGAAGUCAUCUAUUCAAAGAAUGCAUGUUGCGGUCUCUGGAGUCGAAGACAGUUAUUUACACUACACAUCAGGUUGAGUUCUUACCUGCUGCAGAUCUCAUCCUGGUACUGAGAGAUGGAAGGAUUACACAAUCCGGAAUGUACAGCGACAUUUUAAACUCAGGAAGUGACUUUAUGGACCUUGUAGGUGCACACCAAGAAGCACUAUCAGCAAUUAAUUCUACAGGAAAAACUUUUCAAGAGCUAACAAGUAGUUCCAAGAAAAACACAAAUGAUAGUCCAGAUGGUAUACGAGAAGAUAUCGUAGGUUCAAAAAUGCAACUUGUUCGAGAAGAAGAACGAGAAAAAGGCAGAGUUGGUUUCUCAGUCUACUGGAGAUACAUAACAACAGCUUAUGGUGGAACUCUUUCUGCAUUUGUAGUAUUGGUACAAAUCCUCUUCCAAACACUUCAAAUUGGAAGCAACUACUGGAUGGCUUCGGCAUCCCCUUUGUCAGCAAUUGAUCCAGCCCCAGUGACCGGCUCGACCCUGAUCAUUGUUUAUGUAUCUUUAUCAGCUGGAUGUGCAUUAUGCAUACUGGCAAGAAGCUUGCUUCUAGCAAGUUUUGCAUAUAAGGCAGCCACUCUUCUCUUCCACAAAAUGCACUUGGGCAUUUUCCGUUCAUCCAUGUCUUUCUUCGAUUCAACUCCAACUGGGCGAAUACUAAAUAGAGUAUCUACAGACCAAAAUGUGGUUGAAAUGCAAAUUCCUUACCAAGUUGGAUCAUCUGUAUUUGCUAUCAUUCAACUUCUUGGCAUCGUUGCAGUUAUGUCACAAUGUGUUUGGCAGUUGAUCAUUAUAUUCAUUCCGGUUGGGGGAAUGUGCAUCUGGUUACAACAAUAUUACUUGCCUUCAGGACGAGAAAUAGCACGACUAGUUGGGGUUUCUAAAGGCCCAGUUAUACAGAAUUUUGCCGAAACAAUAUCAGGAUCAGCGACCAUCAGAAGCUAUAAUCAACAAGCCAGAUUCCAGGACAUAAACCUGAAAUUAAAUGACGAUUUUUCAAGACCAAAGUUUCAUGUUGCUGCAGCUAUGGAAUGGUUGGGCAUACGUUUGGAUAUGUUGUCGUCUUUUACUUUUGCUGCAUUUCUAAUUUUCUUGAUCUCUAUCCCAGAGGGAACCAUUAAUCCAAGUAUUGCGGGAUUGGCUGCUACUUAUGGCCUUACUUUGAACAUGUUACAAGGAAGGGUAGUAUGGAAUUUAAGCAACCUCGAAAACAAAAUUAUUUCAGUUGAAAGAAUAUUUCAGUAUUGCACUAUUCCGGCGGAACCUCCUAAUGUUAUAGAGUCAAAUAGACCAGAUGAUCAGUGGCCGUCACAUGGAGAAGUGAAUAUCCAUAAUCUGCAGGUUAGGUAUGCACCACAUAUGCCACUUGUAUUGCGAGGUCUUACAUGUACUUUCAAUGGCGGAAAGAAAACUGGGAUAGUAGGAAGAACAGGUAGCGGGAAAUCGACUCUGAUCCAAACACUCUUCCGCAUUAUGGAGCCAGCAGCUGGACAAAUUCUGAUAGAUGGAAUUAACAUAUCCACAAUUGGGCUUCAUGAUCUUCGUUCAAGAUUGAGCAUAAUUCCUCAAGAUCCAACCAUGUUUGAAGGAACUAUUCGAAGCAACUUGGAUCCCCUUGAAGAGUAUACUGAUGAUGUGAUUUGGGAGGUUCUCGAGAAAUGCCAACUUGGAGAUGAAGGGUGGAAUAAGGAAUUGAAGCUCGACUCACCAGUUACCGAGAAUGGAGAUAACUGGAGCGUGGGUCAAAGGCAACUGGUAUGUCUCGGACGUGUGCUACUAAAAAAAACCAAAGUGUUAGUACUUGAUGAAGCUACUGCAUCAGUUGACGCAGCAUCUGAUAGCAUGAUCCAGAAAACGCUUGAGAAACACUUUAAUGACUCAACCGUGAUAAUGAUCGCACAUCGUAUCACCUCUGUGCUCGAUAGUGACAUGGUUUUGGUUCUGGAACAAGGUCUGAUUGACGAAUACGCUUCUCCAAUAAAGUUGCUGGAAGAUAAGUCGUCUUCGUUUGCAAAGCUUGUUGGGGAGUAUAGUAUGAGAUCGAGUUCCAAUUUAUAAAAAGCAACAUUAUCAUAGUAUAUAUGUUGGUAUCAAGAAUAGUGAUUA